AUGGUAGUAGUGAACAAAUCUCAAAGCACCUUGAGCUCCCGCAGAUCAUCCUUCUUCAAUAGUCAUCAAUUGACACAUCCACCACAACCAGAUGUUUACUUCGUGGGUGUCGAUGUUGGCACUGGCUCUGCUAGAGCAUGUGUUAUCGACACCAACGGUGUUAUUUUGGGCUUGAGCGAAAGACCCAUCACCCGUCAUCAAUUGAAGGCCAAUUUCAUCACUCAAAACUCGACUGAAAUUUGGAACUCCAUUUGCUUCUGUGUUAAAGCCUGUUUGCGUGAUUCUGGCGUGCAACCUUCGGAAGUGUUUGGUAUCGGUUUUGAUGCAACUUGCUCUUUGGUUGCCGUCUCUCAGUCCACAGACCAGCCGGCAGGCGUCGGCCCAGACUUCCUUGACAGUAAAGAAAAUAUUAUUUUGUGGAUGGAUCACCGUGCUGAAAAAGAGACAGACGCCAUCAAUGCUACCGGGGAUGUUGCCUUGAAAUACGUUGGUGGCCAGAUGUCCAUUGAGAUGGAAUUACCUAAAAUUAUGUGGUUGAAAAACAAUCGUCCAGGGGGAUUAGAUGACUUGAAAUUCUACGAUUUGCCAGACUUUUUAACUCACAAGGCAACAGGAUCUGAAGCUCGCUCCUACAAUUCGACUGUGUGCAAGCAAGGGUUCGUUCCCCCUGGCGUAGAUGGCUCGACCACAGGCUGGUCUAAAGAGUUAUUGGAGCUGUUGGGCUUGCAUGACUUGGUCGCAAAUGACUUCGAGAAGCUUGGUGGUGUUCCCGGAAAGAAUGGUGUGUGGCUCAGUGCUGGAGAUACAGUCGGUAAACUUACAACACGCGCUGCCGAAGACUUGGGCUUGACCACUGAAUGUUUGGUUGGUAGUGGUGUGAUUGAUGCUUAUGCUGGUUGGAUUGGUACUGUUGCUGCUAAGGUUGAUCUUCCUUCUCACCCUGAGUUGAGUGAAGACUCUAACGGAUCCAUGAGCACUGGCUGUGGUCGUUUGGCCGCUGUAGCUGGAACUUCAACAUGUCACAUUGCAAUGUCAGAGAAACCCUGUUUUGUCCAAGGUGUUUGGGGACCAUACAAAGAAGUAUUCGGCCCGGGUUUCUGGCUAGCUGAAGGUGGACAGUCAUGUACCGGUGCCUUGUUGGCUCAUGUCUUGUCCACUCAUCCAGCUCAUGGAGAGUUGGUGCAGCUUGCUGAGGCCUCCAAUUUGUCUAAGUUCGACUACUUGAACCUCGUCUUGGAGAACAUGGUCUCUGAUACCGAAUCACGCUCAGUCGUGGCACUUGCAAAGCAUUUGUUCUUCUAUGGUGACUUCCACGGAAACAGAUCCCCAAUUGCCGAUCCAAGAAUGAGAGCUGCAAUUAUCGGUCAAUCGAUGGAUACCUCUAUUAAAGACUUGGCAUUGAUGUACUUCGGAGCAUGUGAAUUUAUUGCUCAACAGACAAGACAGAUUGUGGAAGAGAUGGAAAAAGGCGGUCACAACAUCAAGUGCGUGUACAUGAGCGGUGGCCAAUGUCGUAACGGGUUGUUGAUGCGUCUUCUCGCUGAUUGCACAGGUUUGCCAAUAAUCGUUCCUCGCUAUAUUGACGCCGCUGUGGUUUUUGGAUCCGCGUUGUUAGGUGCUGUGGCUGCCCAGGACUUAGUUAAUGAGCACAUUGCCACGAAAGGACGCUCUCGCAAGAGUUCUUUGCACUUGACCAAGAAUCCAGUCACGCAGUCGCCACCACAUUCGCCAUACACUGCACCAUCAGCCACUGCCUCGGCCACUAACAUGAGCUCUUUCGUGUACACUAGUGCAACCCAUCAUGGUGCUCCAAUGAUGACUCCUGUGGGAGAGGAGCAGGCUGAUUACUUCUCACAAGCCUCAAACCAAGAGCCAGCUUCUUCAAACACAGCCGUAUUGUCAGGCGAGUCUGAUUCUGAAGAUGAGCAAACACUUUCAUUUGGUUCCAAACAAAAUACCUCGCAGACUGUUCAGAAAGACCUUUCUCACAAACUCAACAAGCUCAACAUAAAACCCUUGACUUCCAUCAGUGGCAGCGUCAAGAGAAAACAAGUUAAGGCUGAAACUCAAGGUGACAAAUUGUGGCAGACUAUGGAGAAACUUACUGGUCCCGGUAAGGUCAUCAUGCCUAGUGAUGAGAACGACCAAGACCGCAAGCUUUUGUCCGCCAAAUAUGCUAUCUUCUUGGAACAAUGCUACAAGCAACAAGAAUACAGAAAGCGGAUUGAUGAAAUUGAGAAGCAGCCUUGA